AUGUCGCUCCGCUCCAUCGACCUGGUGCUUCUCCAGCAUUCAGCAGACAUACAGGCGUUGCGGAUCCCCAACAUAGCCGAAUACGUCCAGUUGCUGGCACAUGUGGCCAGCUCUCCGUACGUGGAUCAGUUCAAGCUACGUCAAAUCAAGACGGAGUUGAAUCGCAUAAGGCACAAGGUAGCCACAGAACAUGCAAACGACAGGACCCACACAGAUACCUUGAAGCAAGUGGACACUCUCCUCAGCAGUGUGGACGAGAAGGAGUUUGUUCUCUGCAAAUUGACAGCCGCCUACACCGCUCAGUACCAGCAAGAAUUGCAAAGGGACACUGAGCCAGAGGCCAUUGACAAUACCAACGAAGCAGAGCCAGUGGCGGAAGACGACUUGACGUCGCUCCGCCAGCGCCUUUUGUCAGGAGGCCAGCACACCCAACAUCUCGAUGAAUCUCUCAACAACACUGACAGCCUCAACGAGUACCACGAGUCGGUGCAGGAAAACAUCCUCAACGACUUGACCGAGUUGACAUCGACUCUCAAGAACUCGGCCAUCGCAUUGAGCUCCAAGAUCCUCAACGACGACUUCCAGAUCUUGAACGAAACUAACGAGAACAUCAUUAAAAAUUCCAGCAUGUUCAAGCUUAUCGACAGAAACUUAAACAGCUAUCUCGAAAAUAAGUCAGGUGGCAAAAUCAGUUUGUUCUUUUUGAUUAAGGUCACAGCUGCGUUGAUUGUGACAUUUUUAGUGAUGAUAAUCUUUGUAAAGAUCAUUCCCAAGAUCGGUUAG